AUGGCGUUCUCAGAAGACUCGGGUUGCGGAUAUCAAAACUUCAACUUUUUUUUGGCAGAAAAAAAAAGCGCCAAAGCGGUGGCUGACUCAGCGUGUAGCUGGCCGGGAGCUCCAGGCGUCAAGCUCACCGCGCGGCGCUCCUCACUUGACCACUACUUCCCUUCGGAGGUUCUUUUGGGUAUCGCUGGCAAGGACUUCGUCAUUCUUGCUGCAUCCAAGGCCGCGAUGAGAGGCCCUACAGUCCUCAAGGCUGAGGACGAUAAGACGAGGCAGUUGAACAAGAACACAGUCAUGGCCUUCUCUGGGGAGUCUGGAGACACUGUUCAAUUCGCCGAAUACAUCCAAGCCAACGCCGCACUCUACAGUAUGCGCAAUGAUACUGAACUCAGCCCUGCUGCAGUCGCCAAUUUCGUCCGGGGAGAGCUGGCGCGCAGUCUACGAUCACGGAGUCCUUACACAGUAAACCUGCUGCUUGGUGGUAUAGAUCCAGUGAGCGAAAAGCCUCAUCUGUACUGGAUUGACUACCUUGCGUCAUUGGCGCCCCUACCAUAUGCCGCUCAUGGUUACGCACAAUACUACUGCCUCUCCAUUCUCGACAAGCACCACAACCCUAACAUCUCGCUUGAAGAGGGUCUUAAGCUCCUCGGGUUGUGUACAGAUGAGCUGAAGCGCCGACUUCCCAUUGAUUACAAGGGUGUUUUGGUGAAGGUGAUCACGAAGGAUGGUGUCCAAGAGAUUCCUUUCGAUAACGAUAAGAUUGUUCGGAGUGCUUGA